AUGCCCUGCCACACUACCUUCGCUUCAUUCAACCCCGAUAGCGACAUCCCGGAUCUCUCCGAGAAAGUCAUUUUGAUCACAGGAGGUACUGCCGGCCUAGGCACAGAGACCAUCCUCCAACUAGCGAAGCACAAUCCCGCGCGCAUCAUCUUCACCGGCAGAAAUGCAGCCGCAGCCGAAGCGGUCAUCCAGUCCGUCAAAUCAACACCAUCAAAAACAGAACUCACCUUCAUACCCUGCGACUUCACCAGUCUGGACAACGUACGCGAUGCCGGCAAGGAAAUCCUAGCGCGCAACACACGACUAGACAUCCUAGUGUGCAACGCCGGCGUCAUGGCAUUACCCAAGGGCCUCACUAAAGACGGCUACGAGAUCCAAUUCGGCAUCAACCACAUCGCGCACGCGCUGCUCAUCCAGACCGUCCUCCCGCUGCUUCUGCAAACCGCCAACGAACCCAACGCAGACGUCCGCAUCAUCAGCCUCUCCUCGCUCGGCUUCACCCUUGCCACCACCAUCGACUUCCCUCUGCUCAAAAUAGAGCACGACAUGGGCGCCCUCGGCGCCCUCAAGCGCUACGGCCAGACCAAGCUAGCAAACCUGCUCUACGCGCAGCAGCUCGCGAAGCGCUAUCCGCAGAUCACGUCCGUCGCGGUGCAUCCCGGGGUUGUCAACACGGAGUUGGGGAGGGGCUUGAGUGCGUUUUACAAGUAUUUUGUGCAGAUUUUUACGGUCGGGCAGAUGAUUAGCGUGCAGGAUGGCGCGAAGAACCAGCUCUGGGCUGCGACGACAGACAAGGCGCAGCUGGUGAGUGGUGCGUUUUAUGAGCCGGUGGGGAGUAAGGGGAGGAGUACGAAGGCGAGUCAGGAUGAGGAGUUGGCAGACAGGCUGUGGGAGUGGACGGAGGAGCAGGUGAAGCCGUUUCUUUGA